GAUGGACGAAUCGAGUUCUCAGAGUUUAUUCAAGCUUUGUCUGUCACAUCCAGAGGGACGCUGGAUGAAAAACUCAGAUGGGCCUUUAAACUUUAUGAUCUUGAUAAUGAUGGCUACAUAACCCGAGAUGAGAUGCUGAACAUUGUGGAUGCCAUCUACCAGAUGGUGGGGAACACAGUGGAGUUACCCGAGGAGGAAAACACACCAGAGAAAAGAGUCGACCGCAUCUUUGCUAUGAUGGAUAAGAAUGCAGAUGGGAUGUUGACUCUACAGGAGUUUCAGGAGGGCUCCAAGGCAGACCCCUCUAUUGUACAAGCACUCUCCCUUUAUGACGGCCUGGUGUAGGCCCAUCUCAAAGUGACGUUCAGUAAUCAAUACAGUCCAUUUAUGUCAUCCUGCUGGCACUGUGAGAGGAAAACUGACCUGUCACCAAUCUCUUGGACCUGCCAAGUGCCAACACGAAGGUGCAUUGUAGGUGUUGCUCUUAAGAGAGGAUCAGCUGUCAGUCACUCAUCUCUGGAAAUCCAAAAUUUGCUCAAGACAAUGUGAACCCUUGCAGAACUCAAUUGGGAUGAGUGAUAUACAGUAAAAAACCUCAUGAGAGUCUGAUGGGUUCAGUGCCCUUUUUGUAAAGAAGACACUCAUAUGGACAGUGACUUUGAGGGCAUCCACAUCAGUGUUAUUAAAUGUAAAACUCAAAUAUUCUAAACACCAUUGAAUGAGUUCCUUAUAUUGCUGUGGACUUUGUCAUAGGACCCAGCUGGAUUUUGGUCUAGCCUUCACUACAUGAUGAACGAAGAUGCAUUUGCAACAUUCCAUGGGGCUUCAGCAAGCACUGGCAUUGAACAACAUGCAUCUAUCUUUAUUUAAUUAUAUAACCUUUCUAUGUAAAUUAGUAAUCUUCAACAAUAAACAAAACCGUAUAAAUCUCCUUAUAAAUCUCAUGCUUAUUCUUGAGACCUGAUCGUUAACGUCUGGCAGCCAUGAUGUAUUAUACUGAGACUGUAUUUACUCACAUGCCCCUGCUUUGCUUGACCCAUAGGCAGCCUCACCGUUCACCUUGUGAUGUAGAAUGCAAAUUUUCUACUGUAUUGCAUAUGACUGUCGUGAUGGUGUGAGCGUAUAUAUGAUGAAGUCAGCACUGGCAAACAUGCUCUUCUCAGACAGUUAUUGUGUUGCACCUCUGGCUUCUUUGAAAGUAUGAGAUUAAUUUUGUACCAAUAGCAUAUACAGCAUUCAUCAGCACUGCACAUGCCCGCAGUGUUUGAAGUGUUGGUGUAUUUAGAUUACUGCUAAUGUUACGGGUGUGGUUAAAAUCAUCUUGGUUAAAGUCUUUUUUUUAAGCCCAACAUUUCAUCUUUCUAAUAUGGCCAUCUGGGAAUGUUACAAGGUCUAUCUGUUCUCCAAUUGCAAAUGCACUUCUGAGUUUGUCUUAAUGUCACAGAGACACUGCAGUAGAUUAAAUAUUGUGGUUAUGGGGUAAUGUUA